AUGGACAUGGUCAUCAAGUGCUUUGCUCAAUUUACCAAGGACACAAUCAAGACGUUGGAUACUACAAAUCCGGCCCGUUUGAGUGGCGAGUCGAUUACAUCUGCCCACGUGCCGCCAGUUCAGGACUUGAAAAAGCUACUUUCUCGUUGUCCUGAGUAUCGAAUUCUUUCAUCUCCUCUCGGCCCAACACAGUUUCGAGCUCCGAGGAUAGAAAAACUGCCGAAGAACACGGGCUGUAUUUUUGUGAUUCAGGAUGAGACUGUUCGUUAUAUCAAAGACAAACUCGCAUAUACAAGACGCAACGACUCGAAACAACAGCCUUCAACGUUUACAUGUCUCGCUGCUCUUACAUGGGCACAUGCAACCAAUGCCCGUGUAGCUAGCAAGUCAUCCGGGAUGAUUCUGGCUGAAGACGCACGACUUAUGAUCUCUGUCGAUUGGCGUCGACGUAUGCCCAGCGAUGCCAUGAGCACUAGUUCUGGUAACGCCAUUGCUCUUCCCAUUGCCUCGAUCAACAAGUCAACUAUCUCAGCAGCAUGUAACGAGGAUCAGGAGACUAGCUGUUCAGCUCUAGUAGCCAUAGCUCGUGCCAUCGAUGAAGCUAUUCACACCGUCAACGACGACUUCGUGGCUGCUCGUACCGCUCUGUUUCGCAGUGUUCCUGACCCGCGGUUCAUAGGGCUUGACUUCGAUCUAAGUGAUCCACUAGACUUUUACCUCAAUACUUGGAGACACUUUGGAGCUCAGACUCGCUGGGGCCUGCUGGGACUUGACAAACAGGACUCUGCAAGCGCUGUGGCUCCAGAUGCUGCGCGCAGAGCACAAGCUGUCUUCGGCAGAGGCUCUGCACUAAUAUUGCCUGAAACAGACGCCACCAAGUUUGAGGUGUUGAUAACGCUGGAUGUUGAAUCAAUGGCGCACUUGUGUAAUAGCCGCAGCUGGCAACACUGGACUGAGACACCGGGGUUUUAG